AUGACUGUUCGCGUUGUGUCUUACAAUAUAUUAGUACCAAUUUAUGCAAAUUGUCCGGCUCAUUAUAAUAAAUGUCAACCUGAAUUUCUUCAAACCGAUUAUCGAUGGAAUUUGAUUCAAUCUCAUUUAGAAAAUGAAAUAGUUCAUCAUGAAAAAACGAUUAUCUGCUUACAAGAACUGUCUCUUACUCUCUUACCUGAACUAGAACUUUUUUUUCGUCGAUUGAAUUAUACUUUCUUUCAUAAUCUUUAUGGUCAACGGCAUAAUGAUUAUAUGGGUGUAGGCAUGGCUAUUCCAGUGUCCAUGCAGCUUAAUUCAAUUUCUUUUAUCAAAAUUGGAGAUCAUAUACACUCAAUAAGUAAACCUUAUGAGAAAAAAGUCAAUAUCUUUACGUGGGGAUGGAACCUCUAUCAGUUUGUCAUGAGAAAAUUUAUACAAAUAACAUCUGAUCCAUGGGAAAUUGCCAUGGCUAAAGCCAAUACUCUUAUUUGUAUGCAAGUCAUUAUUGAUAAUAAACCACUAUAUAUUGGUACAUACCACAUGCCUUGUCUUUACAAACAACCUGAUGUCAUGUUAAUCCAUUCUUCGGUUGUGAAAGAUUUGAUGUUUCAAUUAGCGGCUGGGGAAAAUUUUAUUCUAGCAGGUGAUUUCAAUAUAAAACCAUGGGAUAUCUGUUAUCAAGCUUUAACAGAGAAUAAUUAUGAUGGUUGCAAUUUACCAGAAUCGAAUACUUAUGAAAUCUGUUAUCGAGUCAAUCGUGAACAAGUAUUGAAGAGCGCCUAUCGAGAGAAAAAUGGAAUCGAACCUGUUUACACAAAUUUUUCUAAUACACCACCAUCACCAAAUUUUUGCGCUACAUUAGAUUAUAUUUUUUUUAAUGGUCAUCUUACCGUUGAAAAAGUAUUAGAAUUACCAGAUCAUCCUUCUGGUGAAUCAUAUCCUGAUGAAACUCAUCCUUCGGAUCAUCUGAUGAUUGCGGCAACAUUUCAAUUAUCGUAA